GACACGCAUGCAACCCUACGGUAACGUAGACCGGGGUGAUAUGUGACCUUUGUGGUAGCACGGUGGCUGAUCAGACGCAUAUUUUUACUGCCUUUGUCUCUAUUACCGGGUCCUCCCCCACUGGAAACACCGCUGCAGGUCAAAUUGGGAGAUGAAACAUGUUUCCCUUUGUGCUAUUUGCAUAAUGUGCAGCAGGUCCGUCAGGUUGUAUGUAACAAUACUUCAGCCAGCGUGUGAUCACCAUAUAAUACCUGCUAACUGGAAAUAAAAUGAAUAACUAACAUGUUUAUUUUGUGAAAUACGUGGUGGGGGUUUCAUGUGUUUGGUUCAGGGGUCAAAACCAUAACCUCACCAUGAUUAGAAUCAAAUGGAUCCAUCACAAGAAGGGGAAAGAGCUGUAGAAAUUGGGAGGUUAUUUCUACGUUGUGCAGUAAUCUCAGUACAACUGUUCUUGGGUGCCAUUUGACCCCCAAACAACUGUUCCUACCUCAUCCCAGACUCCAAGGUUUCUUAGAUUAUAAAUGGCACAGGUGGAAGCUCUGCAAGAAAAUAACCGGCUCCAUCACCUAAACCUCCCGGACAGAAACGGCCAUUAAAGGUUAUUGAUUGUGCUUCCUGAUGUUUGGCCCUUGUGGCAGGAAAUCUCUACUUCAGCAGUGUGUCGCCUCGUUCAAUACACAGUUCAUCCAGGCACUACCUCGCUGAACGGAACGGACUCACGCCGCCUGCUUUCUGUCUAAAACCUGUUGUCUUUCGCUCAGCAUAGUUUUACUAUUAUUUCUUAAGCAGGAACUAGAUGUCUCCCAUUAUUUAUAACCCACACACAAGUGUGUGUGUUUUGGUGCGUUUGUGUGUGUUGGGGGAGGGUCAAGUCAAGGAAGUUGAACCAGGGUGGUCUGUUGUUGUUCACCACAACAGAUGGAAAGUGUGAACGUAUUCAUCAGGCCCCGUUGGCAGCUCCUAGUCUUCUCAUUGUGGGGGACGCUCAUGCUACAAAGUGUUGAGAGAGCAGUUAAUAAGUCAAGCAUCAGGCUUCCACCUAACAGAUUUCUUAUUGAUCGCUGGCUCUCGGGGGUGGGGGGGGCAGGGUGCCUUUUGGACGCACUAUUUAUGGGCCCUCGUUUGUCAGGCUCCAAUGAAAUCAGCUCUCGGCUAUUGGCAGCGCUGGUUUGGUUUCAUAUAUUUCCCUUUCUGUGGUGUGCUCAUGGCAGGCUUAGAGAGACAGACGGGGUGGGGGGGGGCUCUUAGAAAGAGGCAGUCUGUGUAUUGAUAAGCAGCAAAGAUGAAUGAGGCUGAAGCCCUUAGUCAGCACAGUGUCCACUGUCGGAGACAGGCAUCUGACCUCAUUCCUGCCGCCUGGCUGGGUCACACAGGCCUGUCAGACCGGCUUUACCCCCCCGGGAGCAACGCAGCAGCGCGGCUCUCCUGUGCUGAUCUCGCCGAUUGGGAGCAAAGUUACAGUACAGUGUGCAAUUACCCACAUGAUACCCAAGCUGUGCACUCGGAGAACUUAAGAAAAAGCCUCUUUUACGGACCGUACAGACAAGAUGCGUUGACAUAAGCAGCACCUGUUGGUUGUAUAACAGUCUGACGAAGCUGCAGGAAGAGAAGCAAAAGAGUAGGAGGUGGUAGAAGAGGAGGUAGAGAGUGAGAGGGAAUACAAUGACUCAGCUGGAUUACAUCAGCAACAUCAAGAAUGAGGUCAGCAAUGGAUGUGACUUCCAGGAUCUGUGUGUGUGUGUGGGAAAGCAACCACUUUUUCAAAAUGACCUUGAACUAACACUGCCCGCCGCCUCCGAGGAUGAUAGUUUCAGACCUCAGCCCCCGGUGAACGGCGAGGCGUCGGAGGAAGAGCCCGCCUCUCCUUCCUGUCCUUCUUCCUUCCCUCCCUCUGUUCGUCUCCCCUCACCUCCCUGGGAGCUGCUGGGUGUGAAUGAAGAGAGAGAUGUUUGUCCCACCGUCCCGCUGCUCUGCAUGCAGCCGCUUCUUCGCCCUCCUCCCUCAGCUGUCUUGGCAGCGCAUCCCUCCUGCCCCUGGGAGUCGCAGGCCACACAAGCCAAUUAGACACCUGUUGGAGUCAAGUUCAAACAGCGAGGCUUAGAGGAUCACGGCAAACGUUUUUGCUGGAGAUGACGGCUCCUAAAUCACUUUCUAAGGCAGAGAGACAAGCUGCGAGUUAAACGCUGUCAUUUCCAGAAUGGUGGUUAUACCAGAAGUGAUGAAGAGCAAGACUGUUGCCAGAUUGCACGCUGACUAUAUAUAGUCAUGGAUGUGCGGCCUCUUUUGGCUCCUCUCCAUCGAAGGGGCACAUGGGGGUUAUGCCCUGCCUCGCUCUUUCUCCAGGGGCUCAAGCUCUUGCUCUAAUGGGAUCUAGCCUCGAAUGUGUUUUAUGUUUGGCUUCUGCUCUUAGAGCUCAAAGCAGCGUGUGAUGAUCCCGAGGUGUGUGUGUGUGUGUGUGUGUGUGUGUGUGUGUGUAUCUAUCUAUAUCUAUCUAUAUAUAUCUAUAUAUAUCGAUCGAUAUAGGCCGGUCAGGUUGAUUGAGAACAAUAAUGACAAAAGUGUGCACUGAGAAAUCCCGUCGGCCCUUUUAAAGACAAGUCGGAGCACGGAGCUUAUGCACCAACCCGUUUUCCAACCCCCGGGGAAGAAACCAAGCUCCCUUUGAAGCUCUUACCCCGUGUGGGAAGACUUCAGUGCCAAGGCCACAAAACUGCACUCUCAACUCAGGACCACGAUUCUGGCAGCGGUGGCCUUCCUAGAUGCCUUUCAGAAGGUGGCGGACAUGGCUACCAACUCCAGAGGUGCCACCAGGGACGUCGGCUCAGCUCUGACGAGGAUGUGUAUGCGACACCGCAGCAUUGAGGCUAAAUUACGCCACUUCACCAAUGCUCUUAUGGAAGGCCUGGUUACGCCACUCCAGGACAGGAUAGAGGAAUGGAAGAAGACGGCAAAUCAGCUGGACAAAGACCACGCCAAAGAAUACAAGCGGUCUCGCCAGGAAAUCAAAAGGAAGUCGCUAGAUACCAUAAAACUCCAGAAAAAAGCCAGAAAAGAGCUUCUAGGCCGGGGUAACCUGCGGCCCCAGCUGGACAGUGCCAUGCAGGAUGUCAGUGACUUGUACCUGCUGAUGAAGGAGACGGAGAAGCAGGCAGUGCGCAGAGCGCUGCUGGAAGAGAGAGGCCGUUACUGUACAUUCAUUAACCUGCUGCAGCCCGUGGUGAACGCAGAGAUCGCCAUGCUGGGAGAGAUAACACAUUUGCAGCCGAUUGUUGAUGACCUCACUCUGCUGACUGAAGACCCACACAAGCUGCCACCGGCCAGUGAGCAGGUGAUCCGGGACCUGAAAGGCUCCGACUACAGCUGGUCCUACCAGACCCCUCCUUCCUCCCCCAGCAGCAGCGGCUCCAGGAAGAGCAGCAUGUGCAGCCUCCUCCAGAUGCCCUCUGCAGGAGCCCAUCGGCUCAGCAGCGUCUCCUCCCACGACUCGGGCUUCGUAUCCCAGGACGCCAACACCCACUCGAAGCCUCCGUCGCCCAUGCCCUCUGACAUCACCAGCCAGAAAUCAACAAGCUCAGCCUCCUCUGAGGCCUCAGAAACCUGCCAGUCUGUCAGCGAGUGCAACUCUCCCACGGCGGACUGGGCCAAAUCCUGUGAGCCUUCAUUGGCCAGCACUCUGCAGCGUAAGAGGCAGUCUGUGGAUAAGAUGAGAGAGCUGGAAGCUCCGUCCAGUCCACUGGGGUAUUCUGGGAUGCAACCAGAUGAUCCACACAGAGCGAGAAUUAUCCCAGGAACCAUUGCAGCUAAGCAUGGUGAGCCGCUCUCUCCAGCAGCCACCACUCUAGCUAUGGUUCUGACCAGAGGCUUGAGUAUGGAGCAGCAGAAGAGCAGCAGGGACUCUCUGCAGUACUCCAGCGGCUACAGCACCCAGACUAACACCCCUUCCUGUUCCGAGGACACCAUACCCUCACAAGGUUCUGAUUAUGAGUGCUACUCUCUCAACGGGGAUGCUGACAGCGAAGGGCGGGCAGACUUUGACAAGUCCUCCACCAUCCCACGCCACAGUAACAUCGCUCAGAGCUACCGCCGCAUGAUCCAAACCAAGAGGCCUGCCAGCACAGCAGGUCUGCCUGCAGGUAAGACCCUGCAGGGCACUCCGAACGGUGCAGGCAGAAGCGGUGCUGGGGCCAUCACCUCGGGGACGGCGACCAUUCGCCGGACUCCAUCCUCCAAAACCGGAGUGAGACGCACGCCGUCCAUAUCUGGCCCCAUUCCCAUCCGGCCCCCCAUUGUGCCAGUUAAGACCCCAACAGUGCCAGAUUCACCAGGUUAUGGAAGCCCGUCCCAGCAUCGUGCGGGCAGCGAGGAGUUUCUUUAUGGUGAUGACCCAACUGCUAGUGACUACAUGAGGGCUUCUCCAAAGCGGAUGAGCCUCCCCGACGCAGCUUGGGGCUGUGGAGUAGGAAGAGGAGAAAAAGCGGACAGGACCAUUUACGCCCAAAAGGCCCCUGGCAUGGCCGCCCACAGCGCGGAAGAGGACCCUCUGCUUGCUGCCAACCGCCACAGCCUGGUGGAAAAGAUAGGGGAGCUGGCUGCCAGCGCCCGCGCCCUCGGCGAGGGUCACUUUCCUUUCUACAGCUCACUGCCAGGGGAUCCGGCUCAGCGUGUGCCCCAGGAGCCGUCCUCUACGACCCAGGAGGACAUGGAUAUGCUGGUGACGAUACGCCGGGGGGUGAGGCUCCGCAAGGCAGUGACUGACGACAGGUCGGCUCCCAUGUUUCUGCGGUAGCUGUUGUAGAGGAAGGCUGUGAAGAAGCAGCUGUGGUGCCCUUAUUUACAAACUGAAGCUUUGUAGUGAAAUGCAACAGCACCCAUGUGAUACAUGAACGGAGGUACAAGUCAUAAAGAGGAUGUGAUGUGGUGAAUGAAGGCCAGUUCAAAGAGUAAUGAGUGACCACGGACAAUGUCAAGUCAUUUCAUGUCAUGUAUGUAUUGUGUACGUACAAAGUAAUCCAUAUUGUUUUGGUUUUUAUUCUUCUCUUUUGUUUUGUUUUCGUCUGUGGGCUUGGUGGCUUUGUACCUCUGCUCCCUGUGUGACUUCAGCCCAGUUUGUCCUUCUUGUCCCAGUGACGAGGACAUCACUACUGUCGGGGUUGACUGCUCUGUCUUUGUUCUUGCUCUUACGGUUAUUAUAUUAUUGUGCAUUUCUUAAUUAACACAGCCAGCGGUCAGUGGAAAGUGAUGGGCGAAGUGCUCUGUGAGCUUGUCUGUAUGUUGUGUUUCUCAUCAUUACUGUACAAGUACCGUAUUACUGUUUUUGUUUGAUAAGCUGAACAGCAGCUGUGUAAGUCAUGUAAAAUAGAAGCAAUAUGGCAGUGUUUUUAUUGCUGUACUGUACUGUCAAUAUAUUCUGCAAUUAAACAGCCUUUUUACUGUUAA